GCUAUUGGUAAUCACGAAUUUGAUUCAGGGGUCAAGGGCCUGUCUCCAUUCGCACACAGCAUAGAUUUCCCUCUGCUAGCCAGUAAUAUAAAUGUCAGCAACACGCCAGACCUGGACGUGGUCAAGAAAUCAACAAUUGUUAAAGUCAAGGGGCAGAGAAUUGGUAUUGUUGGCUACACUACAACUGAGACUCCUUACAUUUCUUCACCAGAAACGGUUGUAUUUACUGAUGAACUUGGACCAGUUCAGGCAGAAAUAGAUAAACUUGUGGCACAGGGGAUAAAAAUAAUCAUAGCAUUGGGUCACUCUGGCUAUUCAAUGGACAUUGAGCUGGCCAAACGCUUGACGGAUGUGGACAUCGUUGUGGGCGGACAUACCAAUACAUUUUUGUAUAGUGGCAAAGAUCCUUCAGAUGAGAAAGCUGAAGGUAAAUACCCAACAGUAGUUAACAAUAUACACGGAGGACGAAAGGUGUUGGUCGUGCAAGACUAUGCAUUUGGGAAAUAUCUGGGAGAGCUCCAUGUCACGUUUGACGACAAAGGGGAAGCAACUGCAUGGUCAGGAAAUCCUAUUCUGCUAGACAAAUCAGUUGCAAAGGAUAAUGAAACAGAGGAGCUGGUUGCAAAGUAUAUACCAAAGAUUGAGGCUAUGAAAAGUACCAUCAUUGGUGAAGCUUUUGUUGACCUACUGGCUGAUAGAGUCCGCUGCAGAACCACAGAAUGUAACCUGGGCAACCUGGUGACAGAUGCUGUAGUGCACCAGAAUUUACAACACACAGACCCAGAGUCCUGGACUGAUGUAGGCAUUGCCCUUGUCAACGCUGGUAGUUUCCGAUCUUCUUUACCAAAAGGAAACAUCACAAUUGAAAAAGUGAUAUUUGUGCAGCCGUUCAGAAACACAAUAGAUGUUAUAGAGAUACGUGGACAAACUCUCCUGGAAAUGCUGGAGUUUGCUGCUUCUAAAUGGACUGAAGUUCCCAGUGAUGCCUUUGGAGGUUUUCUGCAGGUUUCAGGUUUACAGAUUACGUAUGACAUGAGUCGUCCAGUCGGAGAAAGAGUAGUGGAGGUUCUAGCAGUCUGCACCAAAUGUAGAGUUCCCACAUUAGAACCUCUUCAGCCGCAAAAGAUAUAUAAAGUCCUCACAAGUGGUUAUCUCAUAAAUGGAGGUGAAGGUUACAGUAUGCUUCCUGGUGCGAUCCUCAGCAGACAUGCCACUGAUACGCUUGACACAGAUAUUCUACUGAAAUUUAUUAAAUCCCGCACACCAAUAAUCAUGGGCUUGCAGAAUCGAAUCCGACAUUUGAAAGACGUCAGCUCCAAGCUGUGUGGUGGAGCAGGCCAGAUUAUGCCAUCAGUAUUUACAAAACUGAUCAUUCCACUGAUAUAUCUAUGGACUAAAUACGUAGUCUAG